GCGGAAUGACAGUUGAAGAUUUCGAGGAAUCCAAAACGUACCUCACAGAAUCUUUGAAAUCAUAAACUGUGCCGUGGUGAAUCGUAGAGUCUACCAACCAUUCCACCAACCUAAUUGUAAAACAACAAGUGAUUUUCUCUGUAUGGUAGAAAUGAUUUCUUUUCGGCCAACUCCGAAGUUCCUAUUUUUCUCCAUUUUGAUUCUGAGCAUUGGAGCCGCCUACAUGUACUACAUCAACUACAACGGAGUAGAUCUGUCAUCUGCAUUUAAGGUUUCUGGUGCAUUGUCUUUGGAAAAUGACGACUGGGGUAACUUAGCGGAAGCUGAGGAGGAACAGUCCCGCAGACUGGCCACGUUUAAGGCAUACUGUGAGAAAAAUAUCUCAACGGGUGAUCCAAGGAAAGUCAGUGUUCAGAGCCACCUAUUGUUUUAUGAUAACAUUAAAACAAUGUACUGCUACAUCCCUAAGGUUGCAUGCAAAACAAUGAAACUAUUAUUUUACAAUCUAGAGCACAAUACAACCGAAAGGUUGAUUAGUGUUGGUACUGCCGAUUUCAAAGGAAGGAAAGAUAAUUAUAUCGCUCCUAACGAGCACAAGGGUGGCUGGAUCCACUCACGAGGGCAUAAAAAAAUGAAGCACUACAGUGAGGAAGAGCUAAGUCUGCGUCUUGCGACCUACAGGAAGAUCAUCGUUGUUCGUGACCCGUUGGAAAGGUUGGCAUCUGCGUGGCUUAACAAGUUUGUCAACAUGGCAGCACAUGGAACUUUGAGCUGGGUGAAGGGUUUAAAUCGUCGCCUGACAAACUACCGAAGGAGUAUCCUACCAGACCAGUCGAGCAUUGUAAAAGAAGAAGCAACAUUCAACGCAACAAAACCAGUGCCUUUUCGAGAUUUCCUCUUUGGUGUUUCGCAAAAGGUAAUUGUGGACAAUGAGCACUGGACAUCGUUCAACAGGCUGUGCCAACCAUGCCAGAUUGACUACGACUUCAUAGCCCACACCGACACUGUCGCGACAGAUGUUCGACUUUUUUUAAAGAAGUACAACAUCACAGCAAAUGAGGAGAUUCUGCCGGCACAACGACCGAGGCACGCCAACAGUGACAAUGUCUUCAGUGACAUCUACGCACAAGUUCCGAUAGAAGAAAUCCUGCCUCUCCGAGAGAUCUUUCUAGAAGACUUUGGUAUGUUCGGAUACUCCUUCGACCACGAUUUGGCAAAGAUAUUAGAAGGAAAGUCAAAGGAGUAGUCCAGAACUCAUUUCUUGGUGGUCCUAGUAUUGUUUUGCUUUAGGCCACAUCAAGUAAAUUUUAUGGAUGACGUCAGCGCGCGCAUUGAUUUUGGCCUGUUCCUAGAAAAAAACCCAAGAAAUUCCGCUUCCUGUAACUAUUUCCGAUACACGAUGGCCGACAGCUUAAUUAUGCAUUACGUCAUUUAUGACGUCACUUUUUUUGACGUCAGUGUUGUUGCU